AUGUCGCAUGACCAAAAACAUCGUGAUUCCCCGCCAGAUUUUGGUGAUGAUGAUACACAAGAUGACGAUCAAAUGUUUAAAUCAGCGACAUUACCAGUAACUGAUGACAUUCCAUUAAGCGGAGAAGAUGAUGAUGAGGAGGAGAAUCCAUUUGGUGAAUCAUCUGUAAUACAAAAAUCGUCAACAAAUCUCAAUCAAUCAUCCACGAAUAAUGAAACACCAUUAAAUAUGCCACCUGUGACACCUGUUGUUGUCUCAGAUCCACAGCUAACAACAUCACUAAAAAAUGAUGCUCCAUUAUUUUCACAGGAUUCAAAUGUUAAUACAACAGAAAAAAAUACAUCCACAACGCAAUCUGUUCGUUCCAUAACAUCACUCGAAAAUCAACCAUCAGGAUCUGCACAAUUGUCGAAGUCUACUAACUGCGGAAGUAAUGCUUUGUCAUUAAAUAUGAAACCAGCACAAAAAAAAUCUGAUGAACAUAAUAUUGAAAUUACUGUUAGUGACCCAACAAAAGUUGGAGAAGGCAUGUCAUCAUAUAUGACAUAUCGUAUAACAACAAAAACCACAUUGGCAAUGUUUAAAAAAAGUGAAUUUUUUGUUAAUCGCCGUUUUAGUGAUUUUCUUGGUUUACAUAAUAAACUUGUUCAUAAACAUCUUCAACUAGGUGUAAUUAUUCCAUGUCCACCGGAAAAGGAUACAUUUGUCAUGGCUAAAGUUAAAAUAUCUAAAGAUGAAGCAAUACCAACAGAUUUUAUUGAUCGCCGUCGUUCGCAAUUAGAACGCUAUUUAAAUCGUUUAGCACGACAUAGUAAACUAGUUCAAGAUCCUGAUUUUCGUGAAUUUAUUGAAAUGCCAACAGAAUUACCUAAAUCAACGAAUACUCAAGCAUUAAGUGGUGCUGGUGUUUUACGUGCAUUAACAAAUAUUUCGCAACAAGUUACUAAACUAACAACUAAAACAGGUGAACAAGAUCAAUGGUUUGAAGAACAACAUACGUCUAUUCUUGAUUUACAUUCGAAUUUUAAGCAUUUACAUAAUCAUUUUAAUACAUUAUUUAGUCAACGUAAAGACGCUGCUCAAGCUUUGAAAACUCUAUCAACAUCAUUAAAUCAUCUAGCAACCAUAGAAGAACAUACAUUAUUAUCAAGUGCAUUAAUUGAAUUAGCCAAUGUACAAGAAAAACUCGAGCAAAUUAAUAUUGAUCAUUCAAUGAAAGAAUAUUCGAUUAUUAUUGAAUUAAUUAAAGAAUAUCUCUCAUUACUAGAAAUGGUACAAUUAGCAUUUCAAGAACGUAUUAAAAUUCAUCAACAAUGGUUAAGUGCCGAAGAAACCUUAAGAAAAAAACGUGAAUCAAAAACUAAAUUAGAACAAACACCAAAAGGUGCCGAUAAAAUACCACAAACUGAAAUGGAAAUUAAUGAAUGGGAAGGAAAAGUUAUACAUCAUAAAGAAGAUUUUGAACGUAUAUCAACAUCGCUUCGGGAAGAAUUAGAUGUUUUUGAAAAAGCACGUGUUGAAGAUUUUAAAAAGGCGAUUGAUAGUUAUUUAAAAGAAUUAUUGCAACAACAAGAAAAGAUCUUAGAAGUAUGGGAAGCCUAUUUACCUGAAGCUAAUAAAAUUAAUAUGCAUUUAAUACAGCAACUCGUAUUAUUUGUUAUUUUAAUUCAUGAAUUUUCUUGCCAACAAAGUUCUGUACAGAUACAAAAAAUUGAAGCUGACCCACCGAAUCCUAAUGUUGGUGAAAGUUUAAAAAUUCGUUGUUUUUUAAUAAAUGUCGAUCCAUUUGCACAAUAUCCAACACAAGUAUUAUGGAGUAUAAGACGAUUCAGUCAAGAUCGUGAUUUUCGUAUAUUAGCAUUUGGUGGUUCUGUUCGUGAUACUUUAAGUGGUCGUGUAAGUGCAAGAAAAGAAUCUGAAGAAGUCUACGAAAUUGUUUUUCGUCCUGCACAAGAAUCUGACUCUGGUGUUGUUCGAUGUGAAUUGGCAAAUACUGAAGCACAAGUGCGUCUCGAGCAUACGGUCAAUGUUCUCGUACCACCAUCAAUUUCUUUUGUAACUCCUGAUGUUCGAGUACGUGCUGGUGAUCCAGUUACGCUUGAAUGUCGUGCGUACGGUAAUCCGCCACCAUUGUUGAUGUGGACACGACAAGGCCAAGAAUAUCCAACAUCCUAUAGUAGCAUCUAUAGAAUUGAAAGUGUAAGUAAAGAUGACCGUGGCUUAUAUAAAUGUGUUGCUGAGCAACAAACAGGAAAAAAAUUAACAGCCGAAAAUUAUGUUAAUAUAUUUGUUGAUUUUGAUCCAACUGUUAGAUGCGAGCAAGUUGUUGUUGAACAAGUGCCAAAUAUUAAUGCUGACGCUGAAAUAACUUGUAAAGGUGAAGCAUAUCCAAUGAAUAUAUUGAAAUGGGAAUUUUCUCAAGGAAAUACUAAUGUUCGUCGUGCAAUUACAACUGGAAUAAAAUAUCGUAUUGAUACGAAUGUUGCAGCAGAUUCAAUCGAUAGUUCUUAUGUUAGUGGAUUAAUUAUAAAGAAUGUUGAACAAAGUGAUUUUGGUGUAUAUACUUUAAUUGUAAUGGAUGAAAGUAAACGACAAGCUAGUGCUUGGGUUGAAUUACGGCCUGGUUCUUAUAUUCGAUCAUAUAAUAAUGCAAUCGGAAUCUUCCAUUUAUAUUCGUAUGUUUUUAUAUUUUUUUCUAUGAUGGUAGGCAUUCUUUUACAAUGA